AGCCUUAUAUUUUUCGCGGCAACGCGCGGGAUCGCGAGAGAUUGUGCAACCGAGUGAGGCACGCACUAUAAACAGCCGAAAAGCUGUGUUUGCAAUAAUACGGAGUGAUUUACGGCAAUUCGUAAUAUUUGAAAGAGUAUUUUGGACGCGGUGUAAUAACGCCCUAGUAUACAACAAAUUAUAAUGAGCAAAGUUAAGGAAUCACCACCAACGGACAAUGAAGCAGAGGAGGAAUUCAGUGUGGAGAAAGUUUUAGAUAGAAGAGUCGUAAAAGGAAAGGUAGAAUAUUUCCUAAAAUGGAAAGGAUAUUCAAAUGAUGAAAAUACUUGGGAGCCUGAAGAAAAUUUAGAUUGUCCAGACUUAAUUGCUCAAUUUGAAGAGCAACGGAAGAAAAAAGAAGCAGCUGCGUCAGGUAAACGUCAUGAUGAGAAAGAACAGAAGAAACGAAAAAGCACCAGCACACCGACGCCUACUCAGGCUAAGAAGAAGCCAGUAGUGGAAGAAAAGAAGCUGGAAGGUAAAGGAGGAUUUGACAGAAAUUUGGAACCUGAACGUAUUAUAGGUGCAACAGACUCCAGUGGCGAGCUGAUGUUUUUGAUGAAAUGGAAAGGGACAGAUGAUGCAGAUUUAGUGCCUGCACGCAUUGCCAACGAGAAGUGUCCACAGAUUGUGAUUAAAUUUUACGAAGAACGACUUACUUGGCACAGCCCCACCCAUGACGAAGAAAAUUCCACCAAACCUGAUCCAGAGUAGCGUCCAGCUUACAAAUACACAUAUACCGCUCGCUUUCGGAUAUAUCGGAUUUAAGGCCGUUUUUUAAGUGCGUGUAAUAAAAAAACAAUUGAAACUUGAAAACUGAACAAUUUGCAAAUUUAUCUAUUGUCAUUGCACACAUUGCAAACAAAAUAGAUUUAACAUUUUUUUACAAACUUUAUAGAGUUACAAGCGAGCUAACACAGUCCUGUUGUACAUGUAUUAAUCGAUCAGAAUGGCCAUUUUUUAUGUAUGCAAAAGACCUAUCUCUCCUUCUGGUUUCUUUCAAUUUUUCUCUUUCUCAUUGUAUUUGUAUAUAUUCUUGUUAAAAAUAUUAAAGUAAAAAGUGUAUUACACUCAGAGUACUAUAUUAUAUAGUUACCUGUACUGUACUGUUUUAUGCUCAUUGCAUAUUAAUCUUUUCAUAUCUUGAGUAACUGAGAUUUCUGUUAAAAAUCAGGAAGGUAAAUAGGUAAUUUGUAUAGAUAGCAUUUAACAUUUAUGUUAAUAUUUGAUAUGGGCAAGAAAAUAGCAAUUUGAAUUCAUAUUUGAAAGGCCUUAAACAUUUUUAAUGAAUAUAUAUUCAAAGCACACAAAAAGUCUCUGUUACACGUAAAUAAUAUUUUGAAUUGAAUUAUAUAAUCAUUAUUCAAAAGAUCGUUUUAAUACUUUAAAAAUAGAUUUAUGUAUUAUUAAUAAAUAAUGAUAGUAUCUAUCAUAAAAUACUUUCCUUUUCAUUUUUUUUAAUUUUUUGUAAUUUUUCCUAUUAUGUAAUUUUCGUAUUACAUUAUUCUAUAUAAACAUGGAUUGAAAGAAUUUCAUAUUUAUCAUUUGCCUAUAAGUUUUAAAUUUAUAAAUUUGGAUAACAUAUACCAAUUGCAAUGGAAGGCCAUGUUUUUCAACGAAAAUAAGUCGUCAAGAAAAUUUAUUAAAAAUGACUGACUGAUUAUUUAGUUUUAUUUAACUUAUAGAGUAAUGUUUCUCUCACACAAAACUAAAAAUCGGUUGGAGAAAUAAUUUAAUAUUAUUAUUCAAAGACGACUUAUUGUUUGUAUUAAAAUAUUGCAUUUCAUUUUUUGAAUUAUCUUGAUUAAUUAUCAAAAUUCAAUUUACAUUAAUAACGAAAAAAGAAUAUUUGUAUCACUGUAAAUCACAUUGUAAACACUGUCACAAAAUAAUAUAUAUAGCGAGGUAUGUGAUAGACAUGUGAAAUUUCAUUUAAAAAUUUUGAACGAUAAAAGUGCUAUUAUAUAAAUAAUUAUAAUGAAUAAGUGUUUGUCGUUCUCAACUUAUUCUAUAUUAUUCAUAAUAUUAAUAGAGAAAACGGAAAAAAAAGAUUUAUUGUAAAUUGAAUGUAAACGAAGUUAUCUCUAUAAAAUGUGUUUAUUAUA